GCCACGGGUCACUCACUCAUUCACUUAUCUCUCUCUCUUCUCUCGCUCCCUUCAUGCACGCUCUCCCUUUUCUCUCCACCAGCCGUCAUCUCUCUCGCUCACUUUCUCGACAGAGAGAGGGAGUGUGAUGAGUUCGUGACGCCAAUCAGCAUUUUUUUAAGAAGUUCGUUUGGAAGUAGGAGUCGAGGCACGAGACGAUUUGGGAAUACGACCACUUCGCCUACUGCGCAGCGAGCAUUGUUUAGGGUUCUUACGCUGCUCAUAUUUAACGAGAUGCGUCUGUGCGUUUUUUGUUUGUGAAGGCUCUUGUACAGUUUAGAGUGGUUCGCGUGUAAGUCUGUGACUCCAGCCUGAACGCAGUGGGACAUUAUUACAGUGGCAACGUUGUUGCAAGAGUCGUUUGUAGGAUGCGUGUUCUUGUAGUGCGCCGUAAUGUGAAAUGUGGUGUUUUUGUUUAGUAUGGUGCGGGAAAAGUAACUGCAUGUGUGCGUUUUCAUAAUUAGCUGGAAACUGCCGUUGAGCAAGAUUUACUUAUUAUUUUUCGUGUGCGUUAAAAGCAUAUCGUUAUGUUAUUUAAACUCUAAGGUUUAUGUAUGUUUAUGCAAGGAGUACUUAUUCUAUCAUCUCGCCGUAAUCUCGUUGUUCAACGUAGUUUAUCCCUUCGUACUUAUACAUUUUCCUCUGUGUUAUAUUUCAUCAUCAUCAUCACCGUCCUCAUUGUUAAACUUACCAUUUCAACCAUCGCAUCUUUUAACAAACAUUACAAUUCACCCUUCUACCCUUCAAAACAAUAGUUCUUCCACCACUUUCGCCACUCAUCCGUGCACCGGCUCACACCGCGCGUGCAAUUGCAUUCACCCUUUACCAGAGUGCCCUGACCGGAGCGAUCACUACAACCGCUACUCACUCACUCACCACCACCGGGUUGGCGACCCAUCAUCCCCUCGCUUCUCCGCACAGCGCUGGCAUUCAAGAUGAGUCGGCCUCCGAGUGGGCCCCAUCUGAGACUCGCCUGUUGGGGACUUGUGCUCGUUCAACUGUGGACAGUCGGGGCGACCUCGUGGUGGUCGCUGGCCCUGAGGGCCCCUGACCGCUCCGAGUCUCCGAUGAUCGGUGCGCAGCCGCUGUGCGCCUCGGCGCCCGGCCUGUCCCCCGGGCAGCGCAAGCUCUGCCACCUGUACCAGGACCACGUGGCGCACAUCGGCGAGGGUGCCCGCCUCGCCCUCAGAGAAUGCCAGCACCAGUUCCGAUCUCGGCGAUGGAACUGCACCGCUCUCGGCGCCGACUCGGUCUUUGGACCCGUGGCUCAGUCAGGUUCGCGCGAGGCCGCCUUCGCGUUCGCGGUGUCGUCGGCGGGCGUUGCGCACGCGGUGUCGCGCGCGUGCCGCGAGGGCGACCUGGCCACGUGCGGCUGCAGCCGCGCGGCGCGACCCGCGGCGCUGCCCCGCGACUGGCUGUGGGGCGGCUGCGGCGACAACGCCGAGUACGGCUACCGCUUCGCCAGGGAGUUCGUGGACGCGCGCGAACGCGAGCGGGGAGGAGGUGGAGGAGGAGCCGGUGGCGGCGGUGGUGGCGGACGAUCGUCUCCAGAGUACGCGCGCGCCGUCAUGAAUCUGCACAACAACGAAGCCGGCCGGCGGGCGGUGUACAGCCUAGCGGACGUCGCGUGCAAGUGCCACGGCGUGUCGGGCUCCUGCUCGCUCAAGACCUGCUGGCUGCAGCUCGCCGACUUCCGUCGAGUCGGGGACCGCCUCAAGGAAAAGUACGACGGAGGUGCUGCCAUGAGGCUGGUGAGCCGCAAAGGGAGCGGUGGCGCUGGUGCCGCUGGUGGCGCCGGUGGCGGCGGCGGCGGCGGGCGGUCGUCUCCGCAGCUGGAGCCCGUGAACGGGCGCUUCACGCCGCCCACGCAGGACGACCUCGUCUACUUGGACGCGAGCCCCGACUACUGCACGUACGACGAGACGCGCGGCAUCGCCGGCACGGUGGCGCGCCAGUGCAACCGCACGUCCGAGGGCACCGACGGUUGCGAGCUCAUGUGCUGUGGCAGAGGAUACGACCACUACAAAGCCACGGUGGUAGAGCGAUGCCACUGCAAGUUCCACUGGUGCUGCUACGUCAAGUGCAGGAUGUGCACAGAGAUCGUCGACCGAUUCGUCUGCAAGUAGCCGGCACGGCCCCCACGGCUCCCACGGCCCCCACGGCCCCACGGCCCCUACGGCCGCCCCGGUUUGGCCGAGCGACGCCGUGGCCCCAGCGCCCUCCCGCCCCGGCGUCUCCACGUCGCCAGAACCCCAACGCCUUCUCUCUCGACGGGCCGGACGUCAAUAAUGCAGCCGGCCCGCACGCAAACCCCCACUCGGCGUCAGCCACGAGCCCGGCGCGUGGCUUCAGCUGCGGACUGGCUGCUACUCGUCGCGUGCCACCUGCAGCUCCGGGCUAGCAGCGACUCGGACAAGAUUUCUACACCCGGUACACCACAUCCAUCGGCUACCAGUCACGUGCCACCUGCAGCUCCGGGCUAGCAGCGACUCGGACAAGAUUUCUACACCCGGUACACCACAUCCAUUGGCUACCAGUCACGUGCCACCUGCAGCUCCGGGCUAGCAGCGACUCGGACAAGAUUUCUACACCCGGUACACCACAUCCAUUGGCUACCAGUCACGUGCCACCUGCAGCUCCGGGCUAGCAGCGACUCGGACAAGAUUUCUACACCUGGUACACCACAUCCAUCGGCUACCAGUCACGUGCCACCUGCAGCUCCGGGCUAGCAGCGACUCGGACAAGAUUUCUACACCCGGCACACCACAUCCAUCGGCUACCAGUCACGUGCCACCUGCAGCUCCGGGCUAGCAGCGACUCGGACAAGAUUUCUACACCCGGCACACCACAUCCAUCGGCUACCAGUCACGUGCCACCUGCUACUCCAGUCUACUAGUGACCCGGAAGAUAUUCAGCAAGAAAUUGAAGCCCCCGGUGUUAUCGCAACAACAGAAAGGCUCAGGUUACCGUCGCCUGUAUUAUUAUUAUUGUAAUUAUCGUCGCUAUUAUUUGUGGCACUGUUUUUUGUUGUUGUUGCAACUCGACUGAGAAAGUUGAUUGGUCUAUAAACUGGCAGCAGCUACUGCCUUGCCUUUUUUGGUGUCGCCAAAAGCCAACAUCUGAAGGGGCCAGGAUAUCAACCAACACCAGCCGUCGGCUACCUCCGGCUGCCCCCCGGCGUUCUGAAGGCACCACGUUGUGAAAUGCCUUCUCCAACUGUGAGUCGUUCAGUCAUGAGCUGGCGCCCCCCUCCCCGCCCCUCUCUCUCUCUGCUCCGGAGAGGGCCUCCAUUCCAAACACUUGAAACGGCCAUUGGGGGCUUAACUUCAGCCCGGAUCUGUCCGGGGAUUAGCGACCCAUAAAAUAUUUCCCCACCCGGCACACCACAUCCAGUAUCUAUAUAUCUCUCUUGCUACGGCCGUGGCUACCCACCUACUGCUCCGGUCUACCGGCGACCCACCGGCAGAUAUUCGGUGCGCAAUCGAGGAACCCGGUUGCGACGAACACAUUGCCCGCUGUGAGGCAGCGCGAACGGCGUUCACUUGCGGCGAGGCGUUUGCGACGCCGCCGCCACUUCCGCCAGGUGCCCGGGGACACUCGCGACAGCUUCGCUCUGGCGACCGUCGGCAGAUGGUAGACGGCCGUUCUGUCGCGAGCUGCUGUUGGCGACGUCGCCCAUGGGGGAGAGCGCCGAGCCGGUCGGCUGCAAGCGGUCGGUCGACGUUUUUCCAGUCGCCGCUGUGUACGAGGGAGAGGCGUCACCCGCUGUCGAUAUUUUUUUUCGUCCGUCAGACUGUGAAACGCGGUUGGACUUGCGCGGCGCUGCGGCGGGUGGAGAGCGACUUACUCGCGAGGUCAAACACCGAGGUCGGGGGUCGUCAGAAGCCCAACAUCAUCAUCAUCAUCCUUCCAGGCUUAUUAAAAUGAGUACCGCUUUGUGGGAAGUCAACAAACGGGUAGUCCCGUGGAGAGACUGAUGCCCCCCCCCCCCCACCUCCUCCUGGCAUGGAAAUGUUGAAUUUAGUCCACUGGCUCAGGGCCACCAAUUGAUGUGACGGGCCCCACCAUCUUGCUCGUCUGCUCGAGCAGGGAGACACUCCUGGACGCUUAAAAGUGUUUUUGUCUUUUCAAGAACAAACGGGAAAACCAUCGUCACGGGGCUCAAUCGGGAUCCGUCGUGGGCACGUUGUGAUUGAGCUAUCGGUGAGCUGCGGUUUGCAAUAUGGAAGGGAUCGUUGUACAAACAUUUUUUGUCGCUCACAUUCUUAACUUAUCGAGCCGAAUUUAAUCUUGGAAAGUAUAAAAUUCCUGCAUGGCAACAGCCGUUUCAAAUACACAAUGUGUCUAUAUGUAAUUGUAUGCAUGCUAACUAACAGUAUGUAGGAGACGGUAUAUACUGUGUACGACAAGUUUCUUAAAUCCCUUCCUCGCCCACCCCAGCCAGCAGUAGGCGGUGGGGUACAGUGUGGGUAACUCCCCCACCUCUUUCAAAUCGUCUGGCCGCUGCGGUAGCGUGGGAGCAGGACCCUUGAGAGGCGUUUCUCUGGAGCUCCCACUAGCGGAGAGACCCUUCCACCAGCAGUGGUCUGAGCAGGCAAUUGCAGGGCAGCGCCUUGGGCGCCACGGUGGCGAGAUGUUAUCUCCAUCGCCUGGUGUGCAGGAGGUCGUGUGUUCGAUCCCGACCCUGACACCUGCUGCUGUAUAUUUGCAGUUUGCGCGUCUCUCCACCAAUGGCCACGUGGAUUUUGAUCCGUGUCCUCGGGUUUUUUCCCUCCACGUUGAGAAUGAACAUCACGAGUACAGAGGAUUUGGCUUUUAUAAAUUCCCACCUGAUAGGUCACUUCGUUGAGCUAUCAUUUGUGGCCAGGUCGCUUCUGAAAAAGGGAUAAACAGCUGAGUGGGCCUUACAUGGUAAAAUCAAAUAAAUAUGUAAAUAGCAAAAAUAAAAAAAAUACUUUGCCACCCCUUACUCUGUACAAGGGGCAGUCAACAAUAUGGAGAAUGAGAAGCACGGUAUUUGUAAGCUUCAUUUACAAGACCCCCUCUAUUUAUGUCCCAAACACAACGGUGACGUGCGCGAUUGCGUUACCAUGCUGUACACAGUUAACCGUGGGGUAUGUACGUGCGUCAAGUCACGACCUGUUCUCACAACUUAUUGAAUGCCUCUUGUUUAAAUACAUUCAUAUCCUGCCGAGGGAUGGCGGCGUGGAGCGGUGGCACAGUGGUUGGCACACCGUGCUAUGAAUCCAGCAACCUGAGAUUGAUGCCCGGGGUCAAGGCGAAUUGACCGACUUCAACUCGCCAAUACCGCACUGACCAGAAGUGGUGAAACGCGGACAAACGACCCCUAUGACCGACUCGGGUGUGCGGAAGCCAUUCAUCCCAAAGCGCUGAACAUUAUCUUCAUCAUUAUCAUCUUCAUUAUUAUUAUGACGUAUCCUGUAUAAAACAUCAACUUGGCACACACACAUUGUGAAUAUUGGACUCCUACGCACGGACGCACGCACGCACGCAGUCACCCUCUCAGGCAAACGUACCCACAGUCACCCCCUCAGGCACACAGACUCACCCACAGUCACCCCCGUUUUGGACGUCUUGUUGUUUGCAUGGAUGGUCUCUCGUACCCGCCGUGCAACCGCUACUGUGUAUAAAAACUUAUAAUUUGUAUUUCAUUGUACCAGGUCAGGCUCCACUGAGCUGUGUAGCUCUUCUUCAGAAGCGACCUGGUCAACACAAACGAGAGCUCAACGAAAUGGCUCAUCAUCAUCAUCACGUGGGAAUGCAUCGCAGCCAAAUACUCUAAACGCGUGAUGUUGGUUCUAAACGUGGAGAAAAAACCGGAGGACCGGGAGAACAAACCUACGUGACCACGGGGAGAGAGACGUGCAAACUACAACUAUGCAGCAGGCGUCAGGGUCGGGAUCGAACCCACGACCUCCUGUGUAUAAAAAUCCACACUACUCGAGUAACCCUGAAACAGGUGAAGCUUGCGAAAUAAAGCGGCCUAGUUUCAGAGAACACGACUCUCUCCCCGUGCGUUCACUUCACAUCGCUCGAUACGGCAUUAGGAAUUGUGAGGCCUGAUUCGUGCGUUUGGCAGAAAUCAUCAUGGCCGAGUAUGUUGCACCUACUACCCAGGGUCCCAAUUCGACAAGUGACGCCGCAAGUUACUAAAUUGGGGAUUAUAAAGUUUAACACGUAGUAGCAGGCUUUCACGACCAAUAUUAUCCAUGAGAGGUUCUUUUUUGGGUUCGAUCGCGUAAAUAUAAAUGUGUCGGUGAACCCCCCACCACCCCACACAGCCAAUCAGUAAGGUGUGCCAUGUAAACAAAACAUGCCAAUUAGUUACCAGCUCGGCACACCGGUGUGUGUUGGAGAGUAAACCCACUACAGCAUUUACCAUUUGAGUGCCGUGACGUUUCGCUGGUAAUGACAACAACGGGCAGCAUCAUCAGGCGACAGCCAGAGUUGUGGAGAAAUCCUCCUCCUGUUUUGGUCUUAAAUAGACAGGGGGUGUGAUGACGUCACUUGUGAGCCAAGCAAGUGCGAAGAGCUGGGUGGGGGGUGUUAAAUGUAUUCAUAUAAAUUACUACGGAUAUCUAUUAUUGGUUGGGUUAUUCACAUUUAACCCACACACAUAAUGUGCAUUGUGUAUGAUGUAUGUACAUCCUGCCGUCUUUGAGUCCAACAAUCGCAAUACGUGCUAUUGGCUGCUCACAGUUAAUCACCAUCGACGUAUGGUGACCUGUAUAGGCACGCACUUAAACCCAGCGUCGUGUAACUUGAUAAUAAUACACAGCAGCAGCAGCGGCGGCGGCGGCGGCGGCGAUCAUCGCCCCCUACUCGCAGACUCACGGCCCCAGGUCACUGCAGGCAUGAUGCUCAUCCUGGUCUCUGGAGUUGUCUCACCAGCUGGCUAAGCAAAGAAAAUCUCAACUUGAAACUUUGGUUUUUAAGUAAAAAGGCGUCGAUUCGGCAAUUGUUUUUUGUUCGCGUGCCAAACUCGCCCCUCGGCCACCACGUGAAGUUCUCCGUCGUGUCGCCGCCUUGUGAUUGGUCCACGUGAGGUUUUGUCACGGCCGGGGGCUAAUUGAGGGCACUCCGCCUACCUGGAAAUGAAAAUACAAACCCCCCGUGGAGUAUAAGGUCGCAUAUCCGACUCCCUUUAUACUGGGUAAAGGUAAUGGGGUAUAGGUACUGGGUAUAGGUACUGGGUAUAGGUACUGGGUAUAGGUAAAGGGUACAGGUAAUGGGUAUAGGUACUGGCUACAGGUAAUGGGGUAUAGGUACUGGGUACAGGCAAUGGGGUAUAGGUACUGGGUAUAGGUACUGGGUACAGGUACUGGGUACAGGUAAUGGGUAUAGGUACUGGCUACAGGUAAUGGGGUAUAGGUACUGGGUACAGGCAAUGGGGUAUAUGUACUGGGUAUAGGUACUGGGGUUUAGGUACUGGGUAUAAGUAAUGGGGUAUAGGUACUGGGUAUAGAUACUGGGGUUAAGAUACUGAGUUAUAGAUACUGGGUAUAGGUACUGGGUUUAGGUACUGGGUAUAGAUACUGGGUAUAGAUACUGGGUAUAGGUACUGGGUAUAGGUACUGGGGUUUAGGUACUGAGUUAUAGAUACUGAGUUAUAGACACUGGGUAUAGGUACUGGGUAUAGAUGCUGGGUAUAGAUGCUGGGUAUAGGUACUGGGAAUAGAUGCUGGAUAUAGAUACUGGGUAUAGAUACUGGGGGUUAGGUACUGAGUUAUAGAUACUGAGUUAUAGAUACUGGGUAUAAGUACUGGGUAUAGAUGCUGGGUAUAGAUGCUGGGUAUAGAUACUGGGGUUUAGGUACUGGGAAAGGAUGAUAGAAAGGAGACUGAGGAAGCGGUGGAUAUUGACGAGAGUCAGUUUGGAUUCAGACAGGGAAGGUCAACAAUGGAUGCAAUCUUUGCUCUGAGAGCAUUGAUGGAGAAGUUCAGAGAGAAGAAACGGGACUUGCAUGUGGUGUUUAGUGAUCUAGAGAAAGCGUACGACAGGGUGGCUAGAGAGCUCAUCUGGUGGUGUAUGAGAAGAGGUAUUCCUGGAGGUAUAUGUCCAGCUGAUCCAGGGUGUGUAUGAAGGAGGGAAAAUGCACGUGGGAAGCAGCAGUGGGGUGUCGAAGACCUUUCAAGUCACAACGGGAGUGAAGCGAGGUUGCACCGAGCCUCUUUCCUGUUCAUCCUGGUGCUGGACACACUAAUGAGAGAUAUUCAGAGGGAGAGUAGUGAAAGAUGAUUUUAAGAUCUGGGUGCAAAAGAUUGAAGUGAAUGGGUUGAGGAUCAGUCGGACAAAGACGGAGUACAUGGUGGCAAAUGUCAGUGGAAAUAAUGCAGGAGGGGUAUUGCAAAUUGGAAGUGACCAGUGAAUGAAGACGAACGAGUUUAAGUAGCUGGGUAGAACGAUGUGGGUGCUGAAGGAUCACUAGAAGGAGGAGAGAUGAGAACAAGAGCAAGGGCUGGGUAGCUGACAUGGCGAGAGAUGAGAACAAGAACAAGGGCUGGGUAGCUGACAUGGUGAGAGAUGAGAACAACAGCAAGGGCUGGGUAGCUGACAUGGUGAGAGGUGAGAACAACAGCAAGGGCUGGGUAGCUGACAUGGCGAGAGAUGAGAACAACAGCAAGGGCUGGGUAGCUGACAUGGUGAGAGAUGAGAACAACAGCAAGGGCUGGGUAGCUGACAUGGUGAGAGGUGAGAACAACAGCAAGGGCUGGGUAGCUGACAUGGCGAGAGAUGAGAAGAACAGCAAGGGCUGGGUAGCUGACAUGGUGAGAGGUGAGAACAACAGCAAGGGCUGGGUAGCUGACAUGGCGAGAGAUGAGAACAGCAGCAAGGGCUGGGUAGCUGACAUGGUGAGAGAUGACAACAAGAACAAGGGCUGGGUAGCUGACAUGGCGAGAGAUGAGAACAACAGCAAGGGCUGGGUAGCUGACAUGGUGAGAGAUGACCGGUGUGGUGUGCGAUAAGAGGGCCCCACGGUGGUGGGGGCGGUGCUGUUGUAUGGGGCCGAGAAAGAGAGAUGAGGAUGUUGCGGUGGAUGUUGGGUUUAACAAGGACAGGGUGAGAAAUGGAUUAGUGAGAGGAAGACUCAAGGUGGUAGAAAUCACAGAGCAGAUGAGAGAGGAAAGGCUGUGGGCGUGGUUCGGUCAUGUGGAGCGACAACGGGGAAAUUAUGUGGGUCAGAAGGUGCAAGUGAUGCAAGUGGAAGGAAAGAGAUCAAGAGGAAGUCAGAAGAAGAGGUGGGGCGAUGUGGUUCCGAUCGGACAUGGUCGCCCGAGGAGCGGAAGGAGAGAUGGCGCAGGGCAGGGCAGCGUGGAGAAGGUUGGCAAGGACAGCGGAACACCCGGCAUGAGUGAGGCAAGCGCGUGGAAGAAGAAGGUACAAAUACUGGCUAUACAUACUGGGGUAUAGGUACUGGGGUAUAGGUACUGGGGUAUAGGUACUGGGGUAUAGGUAAUGGGUAUAGGUACUGGGGUAUAGGUACUGGGGUAUAGGUACUGGGGUAUAGGUACUGGGGUAUAGGUACUGGGGUAUAGAUAACGGGUAUAGGUACUGUUAUUAGGUACUGGGUUAGAGGUAUUCGGCACAUGUGGGCAUGUGAAAAGGUUACAUAAGUGAACGCCUGUACAACAAUGCAUUGCGUCGAGCACGCGGCCGUGCUACCGAGGCGAGCGGACGCUCUCGAGGCGAGGGGCGCUUUGCCGCGUGCGCGACCAUCGCUGAUGCGCGUCGACAGCGCGUCGACACGCAGCAGCGACGAGCAAAGCGCCGCACCGGCGGGCGUCAGAUCGAGGUUGCGCGUGGGCGCUUCAUCGGCGUCGGGUCGGAUGUGCGACGCUUUGCGCCGUCUCCCGUUUGGCCGGCGACAUCCUCGCGUCUGACUAUUUGUGGUGGAGCCAUCCGUCCGCGUGGUUCCAUUUUCACAAUGCAGAAGUACUUUGCGGGUGUUUUUUGUUAGUAUCAACAUUGUACGGUUUAGUAAAAGCAGGUAUUUAUUUACUCCGGUUUUGUUGUUGUUUUCUUUACGCCGCGUUUACAGAUACUGACUAGCAUUCACUUACAGCAUCUGUGAGUAUUAUCGGCCCCUUUCGCAGACCAUACUGUUUAUUUUUCGAUUUAAAGCUUUCGUGACUGCAGGGAUUCAUCUUCUUGGUUCUUUCGGUAAAGUCACGUAGAAGGGAAGUAAUAAAAUAAUAAAAAUAAAACAUAAUAAAACAAUUCUCACGACGUUUCGGCCACAACGCAAGCACGGCUGCUUGCGUUUAUUACUUCCCUUCUACGUGACUUUAC